CCCUUUUCUCCCCGCAACGCCGCCCCCCGCUCCCCCCCCCCGCAGCAAGAUGGUGCAGAAGAAAUCGGAGAUCCCGGGUUUCCACCGCUCCUUCAAGGGACAAAACCCCUUUGACCUGGAGUUCGACCAAUCCAACCACCUGGAGCCUGUCUUCAACUUCGAGUGCCCGCCCCGUCCCGACAUGCCUUCGAGUCAGCCCAUCGAUAUCCCUGACGCCAAGAAAAGGAACAAGAAGAAGAAGCGCUGCAGAGCAACCGACAGCUUCUCGGGCAGGUUCGAAGAUGUUUACCAGCUGCAGGAGGAGGUGCUGGGAGAAGGGGCCCACGCCAGAGUCCAGUCCUGUGUGAACCUCAUCACCAACAAGGAGUACGCGGUGAAGAUCAUAGAGAAGCGCCUGGGACACAUCCGCAGCAGGGUCUUCAGGGAGGUGGAGAUGCUGUAUCAGUGCCAGGGACACAGGAACGUCCUGGAGCUGAUCGAGUUCUUUGAGGAAGAGGAGAGGUUUUACCUGGUGUUCGAGAAGAUGAGAGGAGGCUCCAUCCUGACCCACAUCCACCGGAGGCGCCACUUCAACGAGCUGGAGGCCAGCGUGGUGGUGCGGGACAUCGCCAGCGCCCUGCACUUUCUGCACAACAAGGGAAUUGCACACAGGGAUCUAAAACCGGAAAAUAUCCUGUGUGAGAGCCUGGACCAUGUCUCCCCAGUGAAGAUCUGUGACUUUGACCUGGGAAGUGGCAUCAAACUCAACGGCGACUGCUCCCCCAUCUCCACCCCGGAGCUGCUCACCCCGUGUGGCUCUGCCGAGUACAUGGCCCCAGAAGUGGUGGAAGCCUUCAACGAGGAGGCGUCCAUCUACGACAAGCGCUGCGACCUGUGGAGCCUGGGGGUCAUCCUGUACAUCAUGCUGAGCGGGUACCCCCCCUUCGUGGGUCACUGCGGCUCCGACUGCGGCUGGGACCGGGGCGAGGCGUGCCACACGUGCCAGAACAUGCUCUUCGAAAGCAUCCAGGAGGGGAAGUACGAGUUCCCCGACAAGGACUGGGCGCACAUCUCCUUCGGAGCCAAAGAUCUCAUUUCCAAGCUGUUGGUGAGAGAUGCCAAGAAGCGGCUCAGCGCAGCCCAGGUCCUGGAGCACCCCUGGGUGCAGGGGUGCGCCCCGGAUAACACCCUGCCGACCCCCAUCAUCCUGCAGAGGAACAGCAGUGCCAAAGAGCUCACCUCCUUUGCUGCCGAGGCCAUGGCCGUCAAUCGCCAGCUGACGCGGCGCGAUGAGGAUGAGGAGGAUGAGGCGGAGGAGGAAGCACGACCCAUCAUCAUCAAAGCUACCUCACGGGCCAUGCAGCUCUCCCCCCCCUCCGAGUCCAAGCUGGCCAAGCGGCGGCAGAAGAGCAGCCUGGCCAAGGCAGUGGCCACCGGGCAGCACCUCGUGGCCCCACUGGUCCUGGUGGCCGACCAAGCCUGAGCUGUGGCCCGCAGACCUGCUGUACCCGCUGUUGUCCCCCUCCUCCUCCUUUGUUCUUCCCCCCCUUUCCCCCCCCCCGAGCCCCACUGUUUCUGGCUGGUGGCAAGAUCAGGACUCGUCCCUGUGGCUGGUUUCCAAGGCUGUGCUGAUCUUGUAGGUCGGGGCGGGAGGGGUUCUUCAAGAUGUUCUUCUUGUGCUAAGGUAUUGAAUGGAGCAGGAGGCUGCUGCACCCAGGGCCCGCUCAAGGACACCCGACAGACACACGGACCUUUUGUUUCCUGACUCUUGGCUUCUCCGCUGACAUCCCCCCCCCGUCCCCAUCCCGACACCAAAGGACUCUUUGU